CAGUGUGCACCUCUAAUCCUCCACAGCUGUCAUUCAGUCUCAGGGCCAGCCCCGCCCACCCCUCAGUCGGCCUUCAGCCCCGCCCCCGGCCGUUGGUCAGCAGUUGGAGCCGGAGCAGCUGAGAAGGAACCAGAGCCGCGGCCUCCUAUCAUGGACCUCCCCGGGAGCCUGGGGCCCCGCCUACCUCCGCGGCCCCCGGCCCGCCCGUGCCACCGCCCUCGCCGCCCCCGGGACCUGGCGCUGCUGGCGGCCGUGCUGGGGACGCUGCUGGCCCUCGCCGCCCGGGGCUACGUGGGCUCCAGGGAGACCCAGGCCCAAGGGCCGCGGGAGUCGGCCAGGACACGGAGGAAGACCAUGUUCUUCUUCUCCGCUCUGGACGUGAACAGGGACAUGUACGUUAGCGCCGAGGAGUUCAAGCCCAUCGCGGAGCUGCUGAGAGUGAUAAAGCCUCUCUCUGGCUCUGAGAAGGCCCAGGAGGUGGUGAAGGAAGAGAAGUCCUCUCUCCAGGAGAAGCUGACUAUAGUGGCUCGAUUCCAGCCUCUGCUGCUAGACACCAUGUCAAACAGUAAAAGUGGUUUCAGAGAGAUUUCUGACAUUAUUCUUUCUGGGCUAAAAAACUGGACAAACCCUGCACUAUCAUCCAGUGUGUUCUCUGCCAGCCAAUUCAAAGCUUUCCUGCCCCCAAGGAAUGACAUGGAGCUGGGUGAAGUCUGGUGGAUCAUUCCAGACACAGUGCUUACUACAGGUGUAUACCUCUCUGACAACCGCUUCUAUCCACCACCUCCCAAAGGCAAGGAGGUCAUCAUCCACAAAUUGUUGAGCAUGUUCCAUACAAGACCCUUUGUGAAGACCCGCUUCGGACCCCAAGGCACAGUGGCCUGCCUUACAGCCAUAAGUGGCUCCUACUACACUGUUGCUUUUAGGAUUCAUGCAGAAUUCCAACUCAACCAACCACUCCACUACCCUUUCUGGUUCUGUCCAAGCCAGUUCACUGGACACAUCAUCCUCUCCAAAAAUAGCAGCCAUGUCCAGGAUUUCAAGCUCUUUGUACCCAAUGAAAGGUCUCUGAACGUGGGUUUGCAGUGGUUGCAUGGGCCCCUACUGAAUCCACAUGUGGAUCUUGGUUAUCUCCCUCAGAUGAAGCUAGAAGCCUCUGGCCCUUCAAUGCCAUCUAGCAUCCAGGAUGAGAAGAGUAAUGAAACUGACAGCUGUCUGUCCUCAAAGGAGGCUGUCCAGUUUAAAAUGGAGGAUAUUGUGUGGCAGCAGGAGCUGAGCAGGGAAGAAGCUGCCCAGCAGCUAGAAAGGGCCAUGUAUGACUUCAAGAAGGUCCAGUACUUACCUUUCACCAAAGCUUUUGACAGAGCUAGAACUGAAAAGAAGCUGGUGCAUUCAGUCAUUUUGUGGGGAGCCCUAGAUGACCAGUCCUGCUGAGGUUCAGGGCACACUCUUCGGAAUAUUGUCCUGAAAAAUUCAUCAAUUAUCACUCUCCUUAAUGAGAAAUUCAUCAGCACUUGGUCUCUUUUUGAGGACUUAGAAAAGAUACUGAAUGAAGAGAACGAAUUCUAUAAGAAGCUGGCUCAACUGCAUUUGGAGAAAUACGAGUUCCCUGUAGAAUCACUGGUCUGCCUACCCAAUGGAACAGUGGUCAACAACAUCCAUGCUAAUGAUUUCUUGUUCAAGAGUCCCCCAGGACACCAGGAAAAUGAAAAAGUCAUAGCCUUCUACUCUCCUAUGUCCUUGAAAUCUCCAGAGAUCUAUGAAGAAUUCCUGAGAGAAGGACUCCUCAGAGCUCAGGUCUUCCUCCAGCCCUAAAGCCCUAGACUAUAGGAAUUGGGGACUUUAUUCUCUAAUCAAGCAAGCUCCUUUCAAUCAUCAGAUCUGACAUUUCCCUCCCUAUACAACAAGGAAUGGAGAUGUGACCCUAAAGUCAAAGUGGUCUUUAGUACAUUUCAAGGUCACUGAUUCUCUACUAAAAAGCAGCCAAUAUCACCCCCUUUGAAAUUCGAAAUAGUGACCAAAGAUCCCAUGUUUCAGGAUCUCAUCUGCAAUUUCAGGACCCUGAUGAUAGUGCCUAAAAGUAGCAGAGUUCCUUCUGGCCAUGUGACAUAAGGUUGCUGUAACCUCCCUGACAGUUUAGAAGUCAGCAAUGUUUGUUUGUUUGUUUGUUUGUUUAAGGGGGCAUAGAACCAAAUUAUCUUUUUGCUUCUUGGUAAUAACCUCAUUCUCCAACCUCCCUCUGGGCCACCUCUAAUGCAUCCACAAAGAAAUGACCAAGACCAGUACAUAUCUGCAACCUCAUUAUGUAAAUGUGAAAUAUAAUUAAAUAUUCCACACAGUUUGAAGAUAAUUUUUGAUAGCUCCACUGAGUAGGAGAGAGAGAUUCUAUUUCCUUCCAAUGACUGUGCUUUAUGAUGGCUGGAUCUUAAAUCCCAGAUGGAUCAAGCUUAAUGUCUUCACAGUCUCAACUGGAGGAGAAAGUUCUCUCUUCUCUUGGUCAGGACUUUAAAGCAUUCUUUUUUGUGUGGGAACAGAUGUUAAGGAGUAAGUUCCCUGCCAUCAUUUCUCCAUGCUUUCUUUGACCAAUUAAGAGAUAGUCUUACUCCUUUCCUCCAAGUAUCAGAUGGCAGGCCUAGUAAAUAACUAGUGACUUUUCUCUGGCUGGCAACUUCCUCCCUUUUUGUAAGAUCUGGUUAGGGACUUAUAUAUCAAUAGAAACAUUGCAAUUUUCAUGGUCAGAACUGAUAAUCCGUUGAAUGUUCACCUCCCUCUCAAGAGAAUUUUAUUUCAUUCACAUUGAAUUCUUUGAUGGCAAGAAUUAUGUGUUCCCAUGUAUGGGACAAAGACCACCAGUUCAAAUAAAUCAAGAUUUCUCAAGGUAAAAGCAGAAAGGAAUUUUAUUUCAAUCUUGUGAGAAGAGCAUCUCCCUCCCAACAAGCAGUUAGACAAGGAGAGAAAAGGUAUAGUAAGCAAAGAAUGAUUAUAUAUGGGUCUAGGAUAAUGCUCUCUAUAGACUUGAUCUUUGCCCUGAUUAAUCAAGACAAAUGACUUCAGAUUCUAAGUGAUAAAUGAGGAAAAACUUCUGACCCAACAAUAUCUUUAAAAUUACUACAUUACCUUAUAUGGGUAUUUCAAUGCCAAGAUGAGGCUAAAGUGUGGCAAAAGGGCUACAUGAUCUCAUUUUUUGAAAACCACACAAUUUC